AUGCUGAGCAUCGCGCUCCGCCUCAGGUGUUGGGCCUUUCCGGCGCAUUCUUACUGGCCCCUCCAGAUCCUCCUCCUUGAGUUGCUGGUACCAGGGAGCCUGCCCAGCAUGUCCAGACUCCCCCCGGCGGCCAAGCGUGAGAUCCUCAUCGACGGCGACUUGGUAAUCGGUGGCCUCUUCCCGGUGCACCACAAAGGCGAAGGGACGGAGGACUGUGGUAAAAUCAACGCGGAGCGAGGGAUCCAGAGACUGGAGGCCAUGCUGCUGGCGCUCGACGAGAUUAACUCAAGUGAUCGCAUUCUUCCUGGACUCCAGCUCGGGGCGCACAUCCUUGACACCUGCUCAAAGGACACCUACGCUCUGGAGCAGUCCCUCGAUUUUGUCAGGGCGUCUCUCACCAAGGUGCACGACCCAGGCUUCAUCUGCCCGGAUGGGUCCCGACCCAUCCAGAAUGAAGUCCCGCUGGCCAUUUCGGGGGUUAUCGGUGGAUCCUACAGUGAUGUUUCCAUCCAGGUGGCCAACCUCCUUCGACUCUUCCAGAUCCCUCAAAUCAGCUACGCUUCCACCAGUGCCAAACUAAGUGACAAAUCCCGUUAUGACUACUUUGCCCGCACCGUGCCCGCAGACUUCUACCAAGCCAAAGCCAUGGCGGAGAUUCUGCGUUAUUUCAAAUGGACCUACGUGUCCACUGUGGCAUCGGAGGGCGACUACGGCGAGACGGGGAUCGACGCCUUUCAGCAAGAGGCCCGCUCCCACCAAAUCUGCAUCGCCACCUCGGCCAAGGUGAGCCGUUCCAUGAACCGUCAGGGCUUUGAGAACGUGAUCCGCUCCCUGCAGCAGAAGUCCAACGCCAAGGUGGUCAUCAUGUUCACCCGCAGCGAGGAUGCCAGGGAGCUGCUGGUGGCCGCCGCCCGCAUGAAAGUCAAUUUCAUCUGGGUGGCCAGUGACGGCUGGGGAGCGCAGGAGAGCGUGGUGAGGGCCAGCGAGACGGCUGCGGAUGGCGCUUUCACCAUCGAGCUGGCCUCCUACCCUAUCAGAGAAUUUGAAGACUACUUCACCAAACUGAACCCGUACACCAACACCAGGAACCCUUGGUUCAAAGAGUUCUGGGAGCACCGCUUCGGCUGCAGCCUCCAGGAACACGGGUGCAGCGAGCGCAGCCUCAGGGAUGGCACUUUUGAGCAGGAGUCCAAGAUCAUGUUUGUGGUCAACGCCGUCUACGCCAUGGCCUACGCCCUACACAACAUGAGGCAAGCGGUGUGCUCCAACACCUCCAAAGUCUGUGAAGCCAUGAAACCGGGCAAUGGUAAAAGGUUCUACAAGGAGUUCAUUCUGAAGACCAAGUUUGAAGCUCCGUUUCGACCCGUGGACACCCUAAACAUGGUGCGCUUUGACUCUGUCGGCGACAGCAUCAGCCGCUACAACAUCUUCCACUACCACCAAGAAGACGGGAAGUUUGUCUACAAGAAGGUGGGCUACUGGGACCAGAACCUGACCCUGAACACCACGCUGGUAAGCUGGCCCGGGCUGUCGCCGCCCACCUCGCAGUGUAGCGACCCCUGCAGGAAGAACGAGGUGAAGAGCAUGCAGCCCGGCGACGUGUGCUGCUGGAUCUGCAUCCCCUGCCAACCCUACCAGUACCUUCAGGAUGAGUUCACGUGUGCCGAUUGCGGCUUCGGCCAGUGGCCCCUGGACAACCUGACGGGCUGCUACGACCUGCCCGAAGAGUACAUCCGCUGGGAGGACGCGUGGGCCAUCGGACCCGUUACCAUCUCCUGCUUGGGAAUAAUGUGCACCCUCUCCGUGGUGGCCCUGUUCUUCAAGCACAACGAGACGCCGGUGGUGAAGGCGAGCGGACGUGAGCUCUCCUACAUCCUCCUGCUGGGAGUCCUGAUGUGCUACAGCAUGACCUUCAUCUACAUCGCCAAGCCUUCCACCGUCGUUUGCACGCUGCGCCGACUGGGCCUGGGCACGUCGUUCGCCGUGUGCUACUCGGCUCUGCUCACCAAGACAAACCGAAUCGCCCGCAUCUUCAGCGGCGUGAAGGACGGCGCCCAGCGGCCUCGCUUCAUCAGCCCGGCCUCCCAGGUGGCCAUAUGCGGAGCGCUUAUCUCCUGCCAGCUUCUGGUGGCCGUCAUCUGGCUGCUGGUGGAGGUGCCCGGCGUGAGAAAGGAGGCGAGCCCGGAGCGGAGAGACGUGGUGACCCUCAAGUGCAACAGCAGGGAUUCCAGCAUGCUCAUGUCGCUCACCUACAACUGCGUCCUCAUCGUCCUCUGCACCGUCUACGCCUUCAAGACGAGGAAGUGCCCGGAAAAUUUCAACGAGGCCAAGUUCAUCGGUUUUACUAUGUACACCACCUGCAUCAUCUGGCUUGCCUUCCAGCCCAUCUUCUAUGUCACCGCUAGUGACUACAGGGUCCAGACCACCACCAUGUGCAUUUCUGUCAGUCUGAGCGGAUCAGUGGUGCUGGGCUGCCUGUUCGCUCCAAAGGUCCACAUCAUCCUCUUCCAGCCUCAGAAGAACGUGGCUUCGCUGCGGGUCACAGCCAACCGCUUCAGUGCCACCGUGUCGGCCUCUGCAUCCGCUCCCAGUUCCAGUUACUCAAAAGGGUCAGCCUCCAACUAUGUGCCAACGGUUUGUAACGGUCGUGAAGUGGUGGACUCGACGACUUCCUCAUUGUGAGCGCCAUCCCAUCAUCGUGCGUAAAGAGGCCCGGUCGCCACGGCGACAGAGAGACAAUGUGCGGGCAGAACUGACGCUGCCCCCCAGCGAACAGUAGGGAUCGCUUGACAGGCCCUCGUUUGUAUAGAUUAUUUAAUAUACUGUGACUUCUUUGGUUUACACUUGGACAAUGUGUUUUUGUGAGAAUUUAGUAGGAAAUCAUUUAAAAAAGUUAGGCUCUAUCUGGCCGGAAUAAUAAUAAUCUGUUCCAGGGUCAUUAUUGUGUAAGCUUUAACAACUUGACAGGCCAUAUUGUUACAUUCACAACAAUCUAACAAGAACUUCUAAAGCUUUAUUUGCUCAUAUCAAAUUCGCCAUUAUGAAACAAACCACUAAAAGAAAAUAAUAUUUAAAUUUUUCUAUUAUAAUGUAUGCAUUUUUGGGGGUAUAAAAUCCUACUAAAUUCUGGCUCGUGACGCCUUGCACCGUGCCUUGUCCUAACUUGUCAUGUUGUAUGCAGCGAUAACGUAAUACAGCUGUUCUUCUCUUAUUGUCCGUCCAGUGCUGUGAAUAUAUACGAUGUUUGAAGACUAAAAAUGUUUAUUUAACGGAGUAAAAAAAAAAAAGUGACCUAUCUUAGUGAGUAUAACAUGGGAAAUUAGAUGACUCCUGAGGAAAAUGUGUUGAUGUAGACAUUCUACUUUAGAACACGUGCUUUUAUGUAACUUAUGUAAAUAAAAAUGUUUUUGUAAUAUCAGAAUAGAGAAUAGAGUUGUAUUUUAACAUUUUCAAAAACA